AUGUCGACAGAGGAUCUGGGAUCACUUCCCUAUGUUCCUCUGGAGGUCUACAAUGGAACGACAAUGACUGGCGGUGAUUCUCUCACCGAGGAUCUCAAUGUCUAUUACAAUGCCGGCGACAUUGCCUGGAUGAUCACAGCCACAGCUUUGGUGCUGCUCAUGAUUCCCGGUGUUGGCUUCUUCUACUCCGGCCUUGCGCGACGGAAAUCCGCACUGUCACUUAUAUGGCUGUCCGUCGCAGCUACAGCCUUGAUUUCCUUUCAGUGGUUCUUCUGGGGUUAUUCCCUGACCUUCUCCCACACGGCCGGUAAAUUCAUUGGAGAUCUGGAAAACUUUGGCUUCCGCAAUGUCCUUGGGGCUCCCUCUGUUGGAUCAAGCAAGAUCCCCGAUCUCAUGUUCGCCGUGUACCAAGGGAUGUUCGCUGCGAUCACGGUCGCCUUAGCUAUCGGUGCCGCUGCCGAACGUGGACGGAUGCUGCCUGCCAUGGUUUUCUCCUUCGUCUGGGCAACUGUCGUCUACGACCCUAUCGCCUGCUGGACGUGGAAUUCUUCGGGGUGGGUCUUCAAGAUGGGUGGUCUUGAUUUUGCUGGUGGUACUCCUGUCCACAUUUCGUCCGGUGCUGCUGCUCUGGCCUACUCUCUCAUGCUGGGAAAGCGUCGUGGCCACGGCACUCACGAGCUGAACUAUCGCCCACACAACGUCACACACAUAGUCAUUGGCACCGUCUUUCUCUGGGUUGGGUGGUUCGGAUUCAAUGCUGGUUCCGCUUUGUCUGCCAAUCUCCGUGCCAUCAUGGCUGCUGUUGUCACCAACUUGGCAGCGAGCGUCGGCGGCCUGACUUGGUGCAUUCUUGACUACCGUUUGGAGCGCAAAUGGUCCACCGUCGGCUUCUGCAGUGGUGUCAUUGCAGGCUUAGUUGCUAUCACUCCGGGUAGUGGCUUCGUUCCCGCCUGGGCUGCUGUCGUUUUCGGUGUUGUAGGUGGCGCUGCCUGCAACUAUGCCACCAAGCUCAAGUUCCUCCUUCACAUCGAUGACUCCCUCGACAUAUUUGCAAUUCACGGCGUUGGUGGCCUUGUCGGAGACCUCUUGACCGGACUCUUCGCGGCGGACUACAUCGCUCAUCUAGAUGGAGCCACCGUAAUCAACGGUGGUUGGCUCAAUCAUCACUGGAUUCAACUGGCUUAUCAGCUCUGCGAUGGUGUCACAGGAAUGGCCUAUUCCUUCGUCCUCAGUUGCAUCAUCCUGUUUGUUCUCAACUUCAUCCCGGGCCUGCAUCUUCGUGCGUCUGAGCAAGAGGAGAUCAUGGGCAUGGACGAGACCGAGAUCGGCGAAUUUGCUUACGACUAUGUCGAGUUAUCCCGGGACGUUGUCAAUGGUCUCGAGCAAGACACCCCUAACCACCGAGAUGUACCCAGCUCAGAUGGUGAACACCUUGAGAAACCAGCAAAUGUACCUCGUUCGCCGUGA